ACGAGGUGUGCGAAUGCGAAUAAAAAUAAGAAAAAUAAGUAAGCAGAAGCACCCGCGGAGAACCGAUUGUUUCGUAAUCUUGAAAAUUGAAAUCGCGGAAAUCCGUUACGGCUCCAAUUCGCAAUGGAGGAUCCAAGCGAUUUUGUAACGUUUCCGACGCUUCGCAAUGCAUUGGCGAUUGCCAAAACAAAGAGGUCGAGAAUUAAAAACUUUUUGCCUCUGAAGGAAUUGGCCAUGCGUAGGAUCAUCAGCUACGACGACCAAAUCCAAUCGUCACCUCUGCUGCCACACUUGCCUUUUCAUUUGAAAUUGGACAUCUUGGAGCGGAUGCAAGCUAAGGGCAUUAAAAUGGAGAAGCAGCUCACCAUGCCAGCAGUGAAAGACUUGAUUUUCGGAAUGCUAAGCAGCCUGCUGGACUGUUCGAUCAAGAAGUUUGACUUUGUCGUUUUUUCCACCUACGACAAGUUGGACCAGCAGCGCGACCUGGACACGUGGAAAAUGCUUAUUCGGAAGUCCCAAUUUGCAGCAAAUUUCCGACUCUCGGAAGCAUCCCGCGCCAGUUCCAUGGCAGCCCAACCAAGUGGAGAAAGGGGUGGGCAAAAUCGUCAAGCUCCAAGAUGUCAAGUGCUUCCUGCUCCAGUUGCCCAAUCUCCAGCACAUGCUCCUUGAGCAGUACGAGUGUGACGAGGAUGACAUGGCAUGGAUUGCUCAGCACUUCCCAAAUUUGAUCAGCCUCGGCGUGUCCUUGAACAUAGUCUCUCCCCUCUUGUUUGCCAACUUACUUCAUCUGCAGAAAAUAGAAGUACUGAAAAUUCACUGGGGUAUGUUUGGAGAAACGUACCAGAGACUGAGUCAUGAGGAACGUACAAAGCAACAGGACUACCGGAGAAAUUUUGUACUGGAGUAUGUCGAGAGGUUCCCUCGAUUGCGUUUCUUUGAUGUUGAACCUGAUUUCUACAUGGCGGACGCCGAUGGUGUUCUCUUUACCCAAGAUCCAGGACAGCCCCUUCCACUCGAGCGCAUAACUACCAACCACUUUUUCAACUUCCGUCGCACACCUUACUUGACACACGUUAAUUUUUACCCCUCUAAUGAAAUAAUUGGAAACCCAGCACCCUGUGUCUUCUUGACCAACCUGAAAGUUUUGGAAGUGAGGGAUGUCAAGGGAAGCCUCAUUUUCCAAAUAUUGACCCUUUGUGGCAAGCAGUUGGAGGAACUCAAAGUGAAGAUUUUUGAAGAGCAAGACCAGCUGGACGUGUGCGACAUAUUCAUGCUCUGCCCGCGCCUGCACAAGCUGCAUUACUUUUUUCUAGUUCACACCGAGGAGACGAAGCCUUUCAAUAACCAACUGGACGCCAGUCACUUCCUAAACCUGAAAGAGUUCUCUUUGAUCUGGAGGCUCAGCUACGCCUACAGCUCUCGAUUGAUAGCCCUCGUCCUGACGGCUCCACUUCUUGAGCGCUUCACAAUGAAGGAAAGCUUUACCAUGACAUAUGAGGUUUUCACUCAAUUGCACCGACCUUUGAUUGAUGGUAAAAUUCUGCAGAAACUAAGGAAGUUCCAGUUUGGCUCCCACCUUGAGCAGCCUGCCGAGUUGCUCAAAUUCCUCCUGCUGCUGCCAGUCCAUGCUCCCCGACUUGAAAAUAUGGAUUACUUUGGUGCUCAUCCUUCGUUCUUGAAACUGAUUGAGGAAUCUCCACUGCAAGCACUCAAUGCUGUUGAAAACUUUGUGUACACUCAUGCCAAGAGCUCGCAUUACUUAACGUAUGAUGGAGAUGACAGCGAUGUCAGCGACCUUGACUAAAUCAUGAUUUAAAUUUAAAUUUGCU